AUGUAUCGCAUCAAAACCAUCGCCCACCCCACCCACGACACCCGAACGCCGCUGUUGUUGCUUACGGGACGUGAUGGCUACACCUACUUCUUCGGCAAGAUCCCCGAAGGUACCCAGAGAGUGCUCAAUGAGAAUAAGGCCAAGUUCGGCCGCAUGCGGCUGGUGUUCUUUACUGGUACAUUCACACAAUGGCCCGAUAUUGGUGGUCUCCCAGGGUUUCUUCUCACUUUAAGUGAUGCUACCAAGAAAGGAAUCUCUUUGUUUACGGGGAAUCCUGGUUUGUUACGCUAUAUCAUCGCCAAUUGGCGGUAUUUCGUCUUUCGCAAAGGGAUCGAUGUUGAAGUGAUUGAAGUGGGCUCCCACACUCAGCCACAAGUACUUGGUGACAACAACUUUGCCGUACGAGCCAUCACUGUGCUUCCUGAAGGUGCCCCAGAACCGCAGCCGCUGAAGUGGAAUCAACUACUCCGCGACCUUGCUGGUCACAUGUUCCCUAAGGAUACUCUGGUCGUCAACUCAGCUGACCCUGACCUGUACACGAUUGACCCCACUGAAAGAGACGCUCACACUCACGUGAAGCUCCCCAACCCGGAAGAGGUGGUGCCGCCAGCUCAACAACCGCUGACGUCAUACAUUAUUCGACCAUUGCCCAUGAGAGGCCGCUUCGAUAUCCAGAAGGCUAAAGCUGCAGGGAUUAAGCCGGGGCCAGCGUUCAAGAUUUUGGAAAAGGGUGACCCGAUCGAAAACGACCAGGGAGAGUUGGUUUACCCUCACCAAGUGAUGACGCCGCCUCAGCAUUUCCCUAAAGUGGCAGUGAUUGAUAUUCCCAACUCCCGUUACCUUAAGCCCACGUUAUCUCUGGAAGCGUGGUUUGAGUCCAGUGACGAUUACGGCCACGAACCGGUGGGAGUGGUCUACCACUUCUUGGGUGAGGACAUUGAUUUCAAGCUGGACGAAUACACUCAGUUUAUGGCUAAGUUCGGUCCCGAAACCAAGCACAUCGUGUCCCACCCAUCGCUCACUAAUCACACCUUAGUGUUCAAGCUGAGCGCUGCCAAUACUUUGAAAUUGCGUCACUUAUUGUCCUCCAACAUCAAUUUACCUUAUAUCGAACUGUUUGAGGCUUUGGCCCCUGGUCAAGUGUAUAAGCUUCAGCAGCUCCAAGAGGUUUCCCUUGGCCCCGACUCGAGCGACAUCUCUCACGACGAAGUGUUGCUGGGCGACUGGAAUGUUCACUACGAUGCCGUGGCUGAAGAAAUGGGCGAGACUUCUGGUGAGGACCGUCAACGGGUAGUGGACCCUACCCCGAUUCCAUUGGCUAAACCCACGCCGCUGUCCCUGCUAAAGGAUAUGGUACAAGUGGUGACGCUAGGUACGGGUUCGGCGAUCCCGUCGCUCCAUCGUAACGUCAUCCUGACUCUCGUGAGAAUUCCUCACCAACUGGAACUGGGAGAUAUCACUUACCAACUGAUCAUGUUGGACGGAGGUGAAAACACGUUGGGGACCAUGCUCCGUAACUAUGGUCACAACAACUUGGCUCAAUUCAAUCAGGUGAUGACAGAGCUCAGAAUGAUCCAUUUGCUGCAUUUACACGCUGAUCACCACAUUGGGUUAGUGCUGGUGAUAUCGAAAUGGUUUGAAGUAAACCAAGAUAACCAGGAUACGCUUUGGCUUGUUCUUCCCUGGCAAUUCCAUCACUUCUUGUCCGAAUGGUACGCGUUGGAAGGGCUGACACUGAACAUUGAUUUGUCACGGAUUCGCUACCUCUCUUGUGAGAAUUUCCUCCCCAAAGACCGUCAAGCGGAAUUCUUACAGACACCCUUGGAUCAAUUCCAACCUGGUAAACUGCCUCAGCGUGCGCCUUUGGCUCCCAUCGAUAACGCAACGAUCAAUGACAUGUACCGUGACCUCCACUUGACCCAAUUACAAACGGUGCGGGCCAUCCACUGCGCAUGGGCGUACUCGAUCGCGAUGACGUUUGAUUUGGGUGAUGGCGAGACGUUCAAAAUUGCAUACUCUGGGGACACUCGCCCCAAUCCUCGUUUCGUUGAUAUUGGUAUCAACUCCGAUCUUCUCGUUCACGAACUGAGUCUUGAUAAUGAGCUUAUCGAAGAAGCCAUUGCCAAGAAGCAUUCGACGAUGAUUGAAGCGGUGGCCGUGUGCCAGCUUAUGAAUUGUCCCAAGAUCAUGUUGACCCAUUUCUCUACCAGGUACCUGAAUGUGGGCAAUAUGGCCAAUAACGUCGAUGAGCUCAAUCAGCUAGCCACUCAGCUCAAACAAUACCUUCAGCAGCUGGACCAAUCGAAUGUGGUUAACAUUUGGAAACAAUUCAAUCAUCGGCCGGCGCGGGCUUUGGAGGAUAUCGAGAUCUGUUUUGCUUUUGACUGCUUUACCGUCUGGCUUGACGAGAUGGCGUGUCAACGCCCUCAAUACGCUCAAAUCAUGGAAGUAUUGGCCCUGGGCACUGACCAAGUGGAUGAGGCCAAAGCGGAAAAGCUUGAGCUGAAACGACGGGAAAAGAGAGAAGCAAAGCGGGAACUGCGAUUGUCGAAGCGAAGAAAGAGCGGGUAA